ACAAAAUCAGUCUCUAUGGACAAUGAGAAAGCAGACAUUGUACAGCAAAAAGAAGUUAGAACCAGUGAGAGAGAGAGACACAACUCUUCAAAAAAUGUGGCAGACCUCAAAACUUCUCCAAUCUCAUGCCCAAUUCCUUCAAACCCCAUCACCAAUAUUACCUCCUAGACAAAUUCAAGAAACACCCACUCCCAUAUCUCCCCACAUCCUUAAACAGACCUGCAAAAUAUCACGGCGAGAGCUUGCGAUUUGCAGCAAUUCAUCAUUGUUUCUUCUCUUGGGCUGUCAGGCACUAGUCACAUUCCAACCAUCAAAGGCAAGAGCAGAAGAAAAUGCUGCUAAUCUCACUAUAAACGAUGAACAAGAACAAAAUCCAGAGACUAGUGCGGAUAGCUGCAGAGACAAUACUCCAAUCAAGAGAGCAUUCCUUGAUAUAUCCAUUGAUAGGGAGCCUGCUGGUCGAAUCAUCAUCGGACUUUACGGCAACAAUGCCCCGGCAGGGACUGCUAGAUUCAGUAGCCUUCUCAGUGGGGCUGCUGGGAUUAGUUACAGAAGAAAAGAGUUCAUCAAGAUCAUGCCUAACUAUGUGCAACAUGGUGGUGUGAGGUCAUAUGGUGUGGAUGCUGACCUUGCAAAGAAAACAGGAAGCAAUUUGGCAGUUGAUAGUCUCAUAGCUGAGUGGGAGAGAGUGAAUGAGAGUUGUCCGGGGACUAAGAAUGUUGCAGGAAGUGUGAGCAUCAUUGUGAGGGAUCCCUCGAAACCACCCCCCAAAGUGAAGUUGGUUGCCAGGAAAGGGAAGCUGGAGAUUGAUGAGGAGGAGGUCGGAACGGACCCCAAUGGGACGGAGUUUGUGAUCGCCACCAGAGACUCACCGGAGUUGGAUGGCUCGGCUCUGGUGGUUGGGAGAGUCUUGGAAGGGAUGGGGGUUGUGGAGAAGAUUGGCCAGGUGAAGACUGUGCAAGAGAACACUAGUUCUCCCUAUUUCAGGGUGGCCAAAUUGAUUGGAGAUAAAAGAGCUGUGGUUGCAGAAAGAGGCUUCAACCGCCCUUACUCAAAGGUUGUUGUCACAAAUUGUGGCUUAUUGGAAUGAUACAGAAGGCUGUUUAAAUCCCCAUUCUGUUCUUCCAUUUUUGUAAGAGAGCGCAAAAUUAUCUGUUAAAUUGUAUUCUAAUUGCAUUUUUUCUUCAAU